AUGGGCAUGCCUGCUUGGAGAUGGAUCGUGACUCUACUGGGCAUAUUCUUCGGAGCCCUAUUAUACGGCAAGUGCUUUGCCCCCCCGCCCUCCCCCUUAUUUGUUCGCGCGUCCGAGUCGCAAACUGAGAAGGCGGUAUCAGGUCUGGGCAUGACGAUCGCCGCUGACGUUCAAGCUUCGGUCUACGAGACUCUCGGGGACAUUGAGAAUCCGGCGUGGGGUCGUGCCUUCGGUCUGUUUAACGUUAAAGCCUUGAUGCUCUCCUCAAUCGCAAUUUUCGAAGUCGGCAGUGCUGUAUGCGGCGCGGCUCCGACGUCGGAUGCGUUGGUCGUCGGUCGAGUGAUCGCUGGAAUAGGUGGAUCAGGAAUGUACUUGGGAGCCCUGACAUACAUAUCUAUCUUUGCGACCAAGAAAGAAAUCCCUCUGUACAACGCUCUCAUAGGGCUCUCCUGGGGAGUUGGGGCAAUCCUUGGGCCUGUAAUUGGCGGCGCGUUUUCGGUCAGCGCGGCGACAUGGCGAUGGGCGUUUUACAUAAACCUUCCUCUCGCGGCCCUAUUCGCUCCUGUUUACUUCUUCGUCUUUCCGUCGUUCAAUCCCAGAAAGGACAUUUCACAGGUCGAAAAGUUGCAGGAAAUCGACUGCAUUGGCGCGGUUCUUAAUGGGGCGGUUUUUGUUCUGUUUAUAAUCGUCGUCACUUUCAGUGGUUCGACGUUCCCGUGGAACUCUGGGUCCGCAAUUGCGCUGUGGGUUGUGUGGGGAGUUUGCCUCGUUACCUACGUCUUACAGCAGUACUUCAGUAUCUUGACGACGCCGGACCGACGCAUCUUCCCCUUGCAUUUUCUUGGGCCCCCGUCCCUUGUCCUGCUCUAUGUUACGACAGCAGGUGCCGCGGCCGCCAACGGAAUCGCCCUAUACUAUAUCCCCCUGUUCUUCCAGUUCACCAGGGGUGAUACGGCGCUCCAGGCCGCCGUCCGCCUCCUGCCCCUCGUCAUCGUCUUUAUACUCUCCGUCAUGGUCGCGGGAGCUUCUCUCCCCUUAACUGGACGCUAUAGUAUCUUCUACGUUGUUGGUGGGGCUUUGGUUAUUGCCGGUGGCGCUCUCAUGUUCACUGUCGAUGUCGGGACGAGCACGGGGAAGAUAUAUGGUUUCGAGGUGUUGCUCGCUGCCGGGACCGGUCUUCCUUUCCAGACCGCGUAUGCCGUCGCUGCCAGCAAGGUUCAUGAGAGAGACCGGGCUAAUGCCAUCGGCUUCAUCAAUGUGGCGCAGAUUGGUACUGUCGCCAUCUCGCUCACCAUUGCCGGGUCACUCUUCCAGAAUCUCGGCUUUAAUUCGCUCAAGUCGGCCUUUGCAGGCUACGGUUUCCCCGACGACUAUAUUCGGUCGGCUUUGUCGGGGACUGUAUCCCCUAUUUUCUCCUCUGCCGAUCCGGUUGUGGUCGCACUUGCGGUUUCGAGUGUGGCUGACACAAUACGACGCAUUUUUGGGGCUGUCACGGCUGGUGGCGCUGUCUUGUUUGUCGGCGGUCUUCUUAUGCCGUGGGAGAAGCUCGACCUGGAAGCUGUUGCUGCGUAGGUUCUGUUCGUCGCGUCCAUGAUUUUGUUCACGCGCGGUGUCACGGGCGGACUGGAGAAGUGGUUGGAAGGCCGUUGAGGAGUGAUUGAAAGGCUGUUGAGGAGUGGUUCCCAAUUAGGAACAAUG